CAGGUUAGCUGAAAGUAAAAAAAGGUUCAGGUUCAUGUACACGGCGGUCACGACAUGGAGACAGCGAAACGCAAGACAUCGUCUAGUUAGUACAGGAGAUCUCUUUGCAGUAGGUGGGGGUCGCCGUCGGAGAGGAUUGAGGCCACAUCGUCUUCUCCUCAUCUUCUUCCCCAUCUUCCAUCCAUCAGAUAGGCCAUGGCUUCCACCGUCCCCUUCUCGCCGGCCAAGGUCCAGAUGCUCAAGGCGACCAACUGCCACGGCCACGCGGCCUUCGGCAGCUGUUUCGCCGUCCCAAGAACCGGGCCAAAGCAGCGUUCCCUGGCCGUCAGGGUCAGCAGCGAGCAGGAGGCGGCCGCCGCCGUCAGGGCGCCGUCGGGGAGGAGCAUCGAGGAGUGCGAGGCCGACGCCGUCGCCGGGAGAUUCCCUGCCCCCGCGGCGUUUGUCAGACCAAAGGCCCCCGAUGGCACGCCUGAGAUCAGGCCUCUUGACAUGGCAAAGCGCCCUCGUCGCAACCGCAGGUCGCCAGCUCUUAGGGCUGCAUUCCAGGAGACAACCAUCUCGCCCGCUAAUUUGGUGCUCCCAUUGUUCAUCCACGAAGGGGAAGAGGAUGCUCCAAUUGGCGCCAUGCCCGGGUGCUUUAGGCUUGGAUGGCAGCAUGGGCUUCUUGAUGAGGUGUAUAAGGCACGCGAUGUUGGUGUUAACAGCUUUGUGCUCUUUCCAAAGGUUCCGGAUGCAUUGAAGUCUCCAACAGGAGUUGAAGCAUACAAUGACAAUGGUUUGGUUCCACGAACAAUUCGCCUGCUCAAGGAUAAGUUCCCUGAUAUUAUUGUUUACACGGAUGUUGCUUUGGACCCGUAUUCAUCUGAUGGACAUGAUGGCAUCGUGAGGGAAGAUGGAGUAAUUCUGAACGAUGAAACAGUAUAUCAGUUGUGCAAACAGGCAGUUUCACAGGCACGUGCUGGUGCCGAUGUAGUUAGUCCUAGUGACAUGAUGGAUGGUCGUGUUGGAGCAAUCCGUUCUGCUUUGGAUGCUGAGGGUUUCAAUGAUGUCUCCAUCAUGUCCUAUACUGCAAAGUACGCCAGUUCAUUUUACGGGCCAUUCCGAGAAGCUUUAGAUUCAAAUCCACGAUUUGGGGAUAAGAAAACCUAUCAGAUGAACCCAGCUAACUACAGGGAAGCCCUUCUAGAAACUGCAGCAGAUGAGGCCGAAGGGGCUGAUAUCCUUCUAGUGAAACCUGGAUUGCCGUACUUGGAUAUCAUCCGACUUCUCCGGGAUAAUUCUGCACUGCCAAUUGCUGCAUACCAGGUGUCUGGCGAGUACUCGAUGAUCAAGGCCGGCGGGGCGCUGAACAUGAUCGACGAGGAGAAGGUGAUGAUGGAGUCGCUCAUGUGCCUGCGGCGAGCCGGCGCCGACGUCAUCCUCACCUACUUCGCCCGCCAGGCCGCCGUCGUCCUCUGCGGCAUGGGAUCCGCUGCCAAGUAGGAGCACUAGGUCAGGUCAACUGGUCACCCCCCUGUGAUUAUCGAUUAAUGUGUAAAUCUGAGGAGCCAAUGUGCUUGAGUAGUUGGCCUUGACGUUUGACCCUAAAGCACUUGAAUAAUCUGCAAGUCUCGUAGUACAUGAUCGUUAGUUUGUUACUAAUUCUUUCUUUUUACCGAGUAUACAUGAUUUUUUUCCCUUUCGAUUGCUAGGGAGAUACUACCGUGCCCCGGUAUAUGAUGAUUUUACGAGUACAUUUGAAUUUUCACUGGCGCACAUUUUUCUGUAUCAUUCAUUUUCACCGGAGUACCGAGUGCAAUUGGCGUGAUUUUCUUCA